AUGCGCGGCGAGCUGCUGCCGGGCGCGCACGUGCUGGGCUUCCUGCGGCGCGUGUGCAAGCUGCUCUUUCUGCGCGUCCGCCCGCUCAUCGUCUUAGACUGCGCCACGCCCGCGCUCAAGCACCGCACCGUCCUUGCGCGCCUUCGCCAGCGGGAGAACGCGCAGAUCUACCUGCGCUGGACAGCGGAGAAGCUGCUGCUCAACCAGGUGCGCGUGGCCAGGGGGGAGAAGGGGGUCGCAGAUGACGGCCAGUUCUCUCCCCCCCCUUCUCCUGUGUUCCGCACCUGUUUUUAUCCACCCUCCGUGUCAACUCCCCUCGUUCUGUCGCUCUUCCCUGUUCUAUCUCCCUUCCCUGUUCUAUCUCCCACCUCUGUCCUACCCCCCUUCCCGGUCCUCUCUCCCCUCUCCGUCCAACUCCUCUCCGCCUCCUAUCCCCCUCUCUUCGCCCUGUCCUAUCCCCCCCUCCGCCCUGUCCUAUCCCCCCCUCUCCGCCCUGUCCUAUCCCCCCCUCUCCGCCUUGUCCUAUCCCCCCCUCUCCGCCUUGUCCUAUCCCCCCCUCCGCCCUGUCCUAUCCCCCCCUCUCCGCCCUGUCCUAUCCCCCCCUCUCCGCCUUGUCCUAUCCCCCCCUCUCCGCCUUGUCCUAUCCCCCCCUCACCGCCUUGUCCUAUCCCCCCCUCUCCGCCUUGUCCUAUUCCCCCCUCUCCGCCUUGUCCUAUUCCCCCCUCUCCGCCUUGUCCUAUCCCCUCUCUCCGCCCUGUCCUAAAUCGAGCACGAGAAGCGCGCGUUUCUGCGCAGCCAGCGGCGGCUGCAGCCGUUCUCUGGGGGACAUCCCGCAGUGGUCGUGGUUCGCGGCGGACGAUGGAGCACGACAGCAUGUGGCCGAGGGAAGGAAGCGCGGGAGCUGCACAGGGGAACGGGAUCCAGGAGAUUCCUGCAUGA